UUCAGACUUCAAGUUCAGUGCUUUUGAAACCUGGAGCCUAGACAGAAUGGCCGCCGCAUAGCCAAUCCUGAUUUGCUGCAACUAAUGCAGUGGGACAAACGAUUUCAAGAGAAUUUGCAUUCAUUCUGGUCUCCCUGCAGAGAUUCAGCUCAUUUUUGAAGCAUCUGCAUCUUUUCAAAGAUUGAAGUGGGGUGGUGCAAGGGGGGGUGUAACAACUUAUUGCAUUGAUGACCACGAAACUUAUCACCACCAUGUUCAAAAGAGGGGGGUGUGAUCUGCCCGGGGAGGCGCUCUGCUUCUGUAUUGUGAGCUUGUUAAUUCUAAUAGAGGCUCCUCAAUUGGUUGUUGGAGACCAAAAUGAUAUGAGUGGGUGGCACCUGAGCCAAAAGGUGGAAGCAAACAAAGAGAUCAGCCUACAUUCAGCAAGUGUCCCGGGUCGUCCAUUUGGACGCCUUCAGGAGAUUUUACAGAGCAUCAAACUGGAUGUUGAGCAGAUCAUCGUAGCCGCUUCCAGUACUGAUGUCGUGUUUGAACGGCUCGCAUAUGUAGCGGACACUUUUGGACCCCGCUUCAGUGGCACGUCGGGGCUCGAGCUGGCGAUCGACCAUAUCAAGGCCGAGAUGCAGCGCGACGGCCUUUCCGUCACUGAAGAACCUGUCAUGGUCCCCCGCUGGGUGCGCGGCGCCGAACAGGCACGCCUAGUUUCCCCCCGCAACAAAACGCUCGCAAUGGUCGGCCUUGGGGACAGCAUCGGCACCGGGGGCAAACCGAUCGUCGCCCCCGUUCUAGUUGUUUCCUCCUUUGCGGAUCUCGCAUUGAGACGCAACGAAGCCGCAGGAAGAAUCGUCGUCUUCAACACGCCGUUUGUCUCAUAUGGUGAAACGGUGGACUACCGUUCCGGGGGGGCCGCCGCGGCAGCGGCGGCAGGGGGGGUCGCCGCGCUCGUGCGUUCGGUGACGUCAUUUAGUCUACAGACGCCGCACGCGGGCACGACGGAUAAAGCGAGUGUCCCGGCGGCGGCGAUCACGGUCGAAGACGCGGAGCUUUUGGCGAGAAUGCAGAGGAGGGGGCAGGAACCGGUGGUGGAGUUGUACAUGGAGGCGCAGACACUGCCAGACGUCCAAUCCAGGAAUCUGAUUGUAGAAAUCAGGGGUUCGGAGCGUCCGGACGAGGUAGUUAUGUUCGGGGGGCACAUUGACAGCUGGGACAUCACUGACGGCGCGAUCGACGACGGAGGGGGGGCCAUGAUCACCUGGGAGUUGAGCCCCCCUGCUGCGAGCCUUUCUACGAAUUCUCUUCUCUCUCUGCUAAGAGUCAAGGCUAGCAGUACUUGCGGUGACGUCAUCCGGCUGCUCCAUUCUCUGGGCCUCCAACCCCGGCGGACCGUCCGCGGAGUGUUGUUCGUGAACGAGGAGAACGGCGCGCGGGGCGGGCAGCAGUACGCGCGCGACCAUGCGUCCGAAAUGAACAGGACGAGCAUCGCUAUCGAGACCGACGCGGGCACAUUUACACCGUACGGCCUGGAGUUCACGGGGACCUCAGAGGCCAGGGCCAUUCUGGAAGAGAUAGGCCGCGCGUUUUUGUCCGAGAUGGGGUUACGGCACGUGACCGACAGCGGAGGGGGCACGGACGUGUACUAUACCUGCGCGCUGGGCGUCCCUUGUGCGAGCCUGUCCGUUUUGGACCCCCGGGAAUCGGACGGUCCGAAUAAUCCGUGCCGAGACGUGCGUCCGCAGGGAGUGGGCCGGCCCACUUUUGGAACGAGCGCCUACUUCUGGUAUCACCACAGCGCGGCAGACACACCCGACAAGAUGUCGCCCCAGCAGCUGCAACAAUGCGCCGCAAGUCUCGCAACCUGGGUCUACGCAAUCGCAAGCUUGGACGAAAUUCUGCCCCGUGGGGAGGCGACUGUCAGGCCGCAGUGAGGCAGCUGCAUUUCAUGUGGUCACGAACUAACGGCUGGCAAAGCAACUGUUGGUUGAGUUCAUUGUCAUACGCAUCGAGAAAGCUAAUUUUCAUUUAGAUGCUCGCAAUGCUCGCAGCGAGCGCAGAUGUGAAGGUUUGAUAGAUUAAUGUCAGGGAUACUGUUAAAACCCAACAUAAGAGAAGGCGGACUGAAGAUUGCACGCGAUUGACUAAUUGCCAGAAAAUACCUUCUCGAUGACUCAAGUUGUCUCAGCAGCUCGAUCCCGGUGACUGCCACGUUUUCGAGAAGCUCAGAUCUGCCUGACUUUGCGGAAAGGGAGCCGCUUGUCGAGGCCUCCCUUGC